UAUUUACUUCAUACACGAAACCUAGAGGUAUUACUUCAACCCGAGUAAUUUAAACAGUUUUUGGUACAAUCGAUUCGGUGUUAAACAAUUGAAUUCGUGACUUCAGUGUAAUGGAACAUGUCGAAGAAGCACAAGUGGCAAGAACAUUUGUUCGGUAAAAAUCUAAUCAAAUGUGAGAGUGCCGACGUUGACGCGGUGAAAACAACGGGAGGGAAGAACCUCGUCCCCUGCAUCGAUUCGCUCAAGAGGGUUGAAGUGAUUGGUGUUUAUUUUUCGUUCGCUAAUAUCAAUUUGAAAUGUGACGAACUGAAACAAAAGCUGAAAGAGCUCUACAAAAAGAUUAAUAGUGAAACGAAGAGGUUCGAAGUCGUACAGGUGGUCCUUUGGGCUAAUACCGAUGUUUACGGAGACUUUGAAAAAGGACACAGCGACUGUUUACAAAACACCCCUUGGCUCGCCAUGUGCUUCAACGAAACGCAACUGAAGGAAAGACUGUCACGUCGGUACAGGAUUAAGUCCGGUGUGACUACCUUAGUUCUCCUUGAUUCCGAGGGAAUUACAAUCAGUAGAUCGGCACAAGAUAGUCUACUGCAAGAUCCAGAAGGAGCCUUAUUUCCAUGGAAACCCAGACCUGCUGAACAGAUACUAUCAGGAACGACAUUACAACAAGGAGGAUCCUACAACGUUGAUCAUCCGAGUUAUACUAAAAAUGGUUUAACGUACGACGACUUACCGAAGGGUAUUCGUGGUUUUUAUUUUUGUGCCAACUGGUGUCCUCCUUGCCGAGCGUUUACUCCGCAGUUGAUUGAGAUGUACCGAAGAAUUAGAAGGAAAGAUCCGGAUUUCGAAAUAAUUUUCGUAAGCAGUGAUCGGUCCCUAGCUGACAUAACAGUUGUUCAUUCUGUGUUAGAUGGUGAAGAAACCGAAGUUCAGUUUGCCGAAGCAGUUCUCCGCCCGGUGGCAGAGGCCUACUACAAAAAGAGCAACAUCAAUCUGGACACACCUGACGAAGAUUUCCUUUACGGAUGCGACCACGAGCUGUACCUGCAAUUCCUCAUUGGAGUGGAUUCGGAAACGGCAGACAUUGUUCGAGAACUGACCGGCAUCGACGACGUUGUUCCCUUAUUGGUAGCUGUCGACAUAUCGAAUCGAAAAGUUGCCGUUAUGGAAUACGGCGUCGAAAUAACUGAAGAAUCCGUAGCCUGUUUUACAGAACAAUUCCAAAAGGGAGAACUGCACACGUACUCGAUAGUGGACAAAAUGAGCGAACAAGUCAACGACAAAUCAGAAAGCAGAUGAAAUAAACCUCAAGGUUCAUGUACCAUCUAAAUUAACUCCUGAAUUAUUAAAAAUCUUGGUAUGUGCGAGGAUUGAUCCCUCUGCUCCACCUUUCACUUCGUAUAUUCAAGUUUUUGACUUCCGUACCUCUAAAAGUAAAACGAAACUCUUAAUAAACUCUUUGAUAUUUGACGUAAUCAUAAAGUCUUAUAUAUUUUUGCGUACACUAUGCGGAUAUCUGUCUAAUUAACUAAUUGGGAUAAACUUAACUUUUUUGCGAAAUUUUGUCUAAGUGUCUUAUUCACACCUAUAUUGUAAUACUUUAAACUGUCGAAUUUGGUUUGAUUAAUUUUUUUUAAGGGCAUUAAUACGAAGCUUCAAAUAGUAUCACCCCCUAAGAGAAUUAAUGCCAUAAACCCUUUCUUACUCAUUGUAUACAUCAUAAAGGAAACCUCUGCAGAAUUCCAGCUAUCUAAAGAUCUAAGGCUUUAGCCUUCAGGUUGAUGACUUAGUAAGUCAGUUGGUCAGAACUUCUUUCUUUUCUUAUAGGUUGCUGAAAAUGUACUACGUAAAACAACCCCAUACAGUUUUCAUAGAUGCUGAAACUGAAAUUAUGGGGUGGAAACACAUAUAUUUAGUAAUAAUUUUCUUGAACAUUACUAGAAAAAGUUUGGUAGUGUUCGAGAAUUAUUUUGGCAUUGCCUCUCGUUUUACCUAAGUUCUUCCAGCCCCAAAAAGUUCAAAUACAUUACAGCCGAUGGUGAUGUACAUAUACAUAUGAAAGCGCCAGGCAGUAGCAGAGAUUGUUACUGAUGAGCAAAGCUCAUCUUGGUCUUGCAAACUGAGUGUUGGUCUUACGAAGAUGCAAUCCAAGAAUGUAUUUAUGCUAGUAAGACUUAGACCAAGACCGAACGAACAAGACCAAGGCUAAAACCAUGACCAAACAAACAAGACCAAGACUAAAGCCAAGAUCGAAUAUCCAAGACUAAACGAAGACUUAUUACUUCCGAUGGAUUUAUGAGUUAAACUAUUUGAAGCAACUUUAACAUACUCUUUUCUU